UACUAUCUCGCAGCUCUUCUCCCGCCCCCGAUUCGUCGUUACGGUUUCCUUAAACCCUAGCGCUCCUCUUGUUCCUGCUCUAGGGUUUGGAUUGCCCCCUAAAAUCUCCGACUCGGUUGCUGCGGGGAAGAGAUGGAGGCCUCCUCAUCGUCGUCGGAGCCGGGGAAGCUCUUCGUGGGCGGGAUCUCGUCGGAGACGGAGGAGACGCAUCUCCGGGAGUACUUCGAGAAGUACGGGGCGGUGAAGGAGGCGGUGGUGGUGAAGGAGAGGGGGACGGGGAAGGUGAGGGGGUUCGCGUUCGUCGAGUUCUCCGACGCGGCGGCGGCGGAGAGGGUUCUGGAGGAGAAGGAGAGGACGAAGACGAAGCACGUGAUUUGUGGGAAAGAGGUAGAUGUGAAAAGAGCUUAUCCACGAAGUGAAAGAAACCAGAAUCACCACUACUCUCAAAAUGGAUAUCCAAAUCAAAGCCCACAUCAAAAUCCUUCACCAAGCAGGAGAUUUUUCAACAAUAAUAAUUUCAACGGGGGUCACUCUGAUUUAAAGAUCUUCGUUGGUGGUUUGCCUGCAACAACUGAAGAAUCAAAUUUCAAAAGGUACUUUGAGAAGUUUGGUACAAUAAAUGAUGUGGUUGUAAUGCAUGAUUCUAACACACAGAAGUCAAGAGGCUUUGGCUUUAUCACUUUUGACUCACCGGAUGCUGUGAAGGAAGUUUUGAAAAACAAUUUCCAUCAAUUGGAUGGAAAGAACGUAGAGGUUAAGAUAGCGGAGCCGAAGCAAGAAAAUAACAACAAUCAUAGCGGCAAUUUCACUCCAAGAACGUUUGGUAGAAGAGUGCCUCCUUUCGGUGGCUAUCAAGGCAGCAUGUAUCCACACCCACCGUAUGAUGGAGGAUAUGGUUUAUACCCUGGUUAUGCUGCACCACCUUUUCCUGGUUUUCCUUAUGCAGGAGGUGGUUAUCCAGCGGGAUAUGCCAUGGGGAACUAUGGUGGUGUGAGCUAUGGACACCACUACACGUACCCAUAUCCAUAUCCAAGGGGCCCUUGGAAUGGCUAUGGUAUGAUGGAUACGCAGAGUCCGGUACUCUAUGGAAAUGGUCCCAUGUACCCUAACUAUGUAAACGGAGGAGGCUUUGGUAGUUACGCACCUAUGGCCAGUGGCGUUUAUAAUCCAGAGAAUGGUUUAACCAAUGGAGAGCCUGUGGCCCAUGGUGGUUAUUAUGUAGACAACGGUUUAAGCAUCAGAGAACCUGCUCGUGAUGGUGCUCAUCAUGAAGGUUUAAGCAUCAGAGAGCCUGCUCGUGAUGGUGCUCAUCAUGAAGGUUUAAGCAACAGAGAGCCUGCCGCCGCUGGUGCUUAUCAUGUAGACAAUGGUUUAAGCAACAGAGAUCCUGCUGCUGAUGGUCCUCAUCGUGUAGAGAAUGGCUCAAGCAAUGGAGAGGCUAUGGCUGAUACUGCUCAUCAUGUAGAGAACGCUUUAAGCAAUAGAGAAUCUGCAGAGGAUGGUGCUUCUUAUGUGGAGAACGAUUUAAGUAACGGAGAAGGGAACCAAACUAGUUCGGAUGUACAGUCACAAGUGACAGGCGGCACAGCCACGGCACCCACAGAAACUGUGGAGUCGGAUCAGCAAUAACUUACCAUCUGGUGUUCGCCCUCUCUGAAGAUGAUAAGAAUUCUCAAAGUUCUCACUUACUCAGCGACAGAUAUACAAUGAUUAUUUCAUCCUUUGUUAUCAAUUUGUAUCUACUUCUGUUCACUGUAAACUGCUGUUGGAUGGUCAGCUGGUUGGACCCGCGUUUAAUUCUUUUAAACUCUUUUACUGAAUCAGUGUGUUAAUUGUUUGGACGA